AUGAACAUGACGGAGAUCAAUGCAUUCAGAGCGAGAGUUGGCGAUAUCCCUGUGUACGUCCAUGGCGAGGCAGGCUACGCUGAACAUAUAGCCACCUGGAACACAUACACAAGCCGUCGACCGCUAGCUGUAGUACAGCCAUUGACAGUUGCACAAGUUGCCAUAGUCCUCAAGGCUGCCAAGUCUGCGAACAUCACUCGAAUCACUGUUCGGGGAGGUGGCCAUUCGUUUGAGGCUCUAGGGCUGGGCGGGACUAAUGGAGCACUGGUCAUUGACGUGAUUCGUCUAAACGAAAUCACUUCUGACCCGUCCAAAGAUGUUAUUACGGCAGGAGGUGGUGCUAUGCUGGGAACCGUCGCGCAGUAUGCCUGGGACCAUGGAAAGAAGAUGCUGCCGAUGGGUACCUGCCCAACGGUCGGACUCGGUGGUCAGAUUCAGUGUGGCGGCUACGGAUUCUACACACGCACCUUCGGUACCUUGACUGACCGCGUUAUCGACGUGGAAGUUGUGACGGCCGACUGCGAAAUCCGCCAUGCCAACAAAGACGAGAACCCGGACCUUUUCUUUGCGAUACGAGGGUCGGGUACCGGUUCGUUUGGUGUGAUUUCCAAGAUUACUCUGCGAACGAAUGAUGCGCCGGUUGCCGUUGCCAGCUUCACGAUCAAGUGGAAGUUGUCCCGUGACGACAUUCCGGAGGCUCUGGCAGCUGCCGCUAAAACUUGUGCCAACGCUCCUCUAUCCGUCAAUCCAAUGAUCGUAUCUUGGUUGGGUGUCUUGGAGAUUUCAGGUACCAUACUCGCCGAGACCUCAACUGAGAGAGACGCCGUCUGGAGCAGUUUUAUAUCGCAGCUGCCACAUCCAGACGAGGCUACAUGCACGCCACGGGAUCUCAUAGACACCGUGACCAGCGUGGGACUGACGCAAACCUCGGCUCCUUGGUAUCCCGACCUACGGAAACUAAAGCGCGAGGGGGCCGAGCACGAAAGGUUUAUGAAGAUCAAGGCCGGGUUCAUGCCGGAGCUACCGAGCAAAGCUUUCCUGGAAGAGCUGACCAAGCUCAUUGUUACGCAGCCCACAUCCGGAGUACGUAUCCAGCUUCUCGGCUUGAACCCCGGGUUCAGGCCGUCGCCUGACACGACGUCGAUCAAAGUACGCGGAGCGCCAUGGCUGAUGGGCAUGUCGGUGUGGCUGCCGCUGAAAGAGUACGGCGGAAAGGACGGAGUCGUUGCUGAGGCUGAGCGGCGACUCCCGUGGAUGAUGAAAGCAUACGAGCUGUUUUACCCGUUGACAAAUGGAGGCUACCUUGGAGACGACGACUACGACGAGGCACUAUAUGGCCGCAACAUGAUGAGGAGCUACUACGGCCAACAUUUGCAGCGUCUAGGGCAAAUCAAAGCCAAGUACGACCCUGGAAAUGUGUUCAAACAUCCGUUGUCGAUUCAGCCCACAACUCAGUCGCGCUAA